AUGACUUCUAGAUCCUCGGCCUGCCUCGCGCGGCAGAUACAUCACGCAGCUCGCCCGCAGAAGAUCCUAUCGACGCGAACAUCCACGUUGUCUAGGAUUCAGACUCGUACAUUUGUUAGACCAACAGCUGCCAGGAACAGCCCCGAGGCAUUGAAGGGCAAAACGACGCCUCCCCAGCAAAUAUCCCCGCGAGCUGUCGCUUUAUUGGCCAGCAUAGGCUUUCUGUCAUUUGCCUAUACUCUGUAUCGAACGCCUCCUGCUGCCUUUGACGCCGCGGCAGCGCUACAUUCUGAGCAUGAGAGAUACGCCCCAGUGACUAUCCUUGAUGAGCGCGACCCGAAUCUUCCACGAUUUCGAAUGUCCGAGAUUCGCAAGCAUGACGGCAAGUCAGAGCGUCCAUGGGUUACACACGGCGACAAAGUAUACGAUAUCACCGACUGGAUAUCGGCUCAUCCCGGUGGGCCAGUCAUUCUGCGAGCGGCUGGCGGCGCAAUUGAAUCUUACUGGAACAUAUUCACCAUCCACAAGAACCAAUAUGUCUACGAUAUUCUCAACCAGUAUCUUAUCGGCUACAUCGACCAAGCUGACUUGGUAGACGGCAAGCCGCCUCAGGAGGCGAUUGAAGACCCGUUCGCCGACGACCCGAUAAGGCACCCGGAUCUCAUUACUCGGACGCUGAAGCCUCGCAAUGCCGAGACCCCUGAGCAAGCGCUCAGUGCCCAGUUCAUCACUCCCACCGAGCUGUUUUACGUUCGCAAUCACAUGUGGGUGCCCAAACUCACACAGGAUGAGGCUGAAGCACACAUCCUAACCGUUGAGCUCCCUGACGGCACCACAAAGGAGUAUACAUUACGCGACCUCAAGACCAAGUUCCCUGAGAAAAAGGUGACCGCUGUGCUACAAUGCUCUGGAAACCGCCGAAGCCACAUGAGCCAAGGAUCCGGCCGAGCUACGAAUGGCUUGCAGUGGGAAGCCGGGGCCAUUUCCAAUGCGUCGUGGGAAGGCGUUUCGCUGGCCGAUGUCCUCGCUGACGCUGGUUUCGACGCCAGCACCGUAAGGGGUGGCACUAGCGAGGCGAAGCAUGUGCAGUUCUCUGGCAUGGAAGCGUACGGAUCAUCGAUACCCAUUAAAAAGGCCGUAGAUCCCCAGGGCGAUGUAUUGUUGGCGUACGGUAUGAAUGGCAAGCCACUGCCAAGAGAUCACGGUUACCCGUUACGAUCUAUCGUGCCUGGGCACGUCGCUGCUCGAUCUGUCAAGUGGCUAAGGCAUAUCACAUUAAGCGAUGAAGAGAGCCCUAGCCAGUGGCAGCGAAAGGAUUAUAAGUGUUUUGGCCCAAAUCAGACCAAGGUUGAUUGGGAGGCAGCUCCGGCAAUCCAGGAACUACCCGUCCAGAGCGCCAUCACCGGUGUCAAGCUAGGUGACUGGACACUGUCAACACAAUCAGAAUCAAGCAACUCGGAUGGACCAGCGAAAGAGGUUACUCUCAAUGGAUACGCCUACUCUGGCGGUGGACGAGCAGUCAUCCGGGUCGACGUCUCGCUUGACGAUGGCAAGAGCUGGUCACAAGCAAAUCUGCUCCCCGACCAAGUUCCAAAGGUUGAUGGCAAAUCUUGGAGCUGGAAACAGUGGAAGUUCAAUGGAGAUAUACCCUUGGAAGCAUUUAAAACUCCAGAAGACGCAACUUCCAGCCAAGAGAGCGACGAGGAUAAGAACACCAUUAGAAGAGGUACUGCGAGAAGGGCGGCCAACGCUGAAGCCACGAAAAGUAACAAGAGGUGUACUACUAUUGCUAUCAAGGCAACAGACGAAGUUUACAAUACUCAGCCGGAGAGCCAUGCUGCGACAUGGAACUUUCGAGGCAAUCUUGCCACUGCUUGGCAUCGUGUCCAGGUCUGCACCGACUGUUCCCCCAAUGCCAUCAUUUUGAAGAAGAAGAAGAGCGGUGAUGAUUCUCAAGAUGGAAAUCGUCAUGAAGGAGAUGAUAGAAGGGCGAAAUGA